ACGGGAGUUGAGUUUUUGGAAUCUAUAUCUAUAUUUGAAUUCCGCUGUGUAUAAAAACCAGCGUUUUCGAUCACUUUGGUAUAGUUCAAGUUUGCCACUUAAACCAACAACAGCACACCGUUCAGACUACUAUUCUCACCAUGUCGCUUAAAAUCGCUUUUGCCAUCUUCGUCUUGGUUGGAUUCGCUGCUGCUCAACAGUAUUACCAGGCUCACCAAGAAGAACAACACGGACCGGUUCACUACGAGUUCAACUACGAUAUUCACGACGAUCACACCGGAGAUGUGCAUGGUCGCAAGGAAGCUCGCAAGGAUGACCACACUCAGGGUGAAUACUACUUGAUCGAUGCCGAUGGUUACAAGCGCACCGUGACUUAUCAGGUCGAUGGCAAGAGUGGAUUCAUUGCCCAGGUACACCGUGAGCCGAUCAAGGGAUAUCAAGCUCCGCAACCAGUGGUCCAGAAGGUUUUGGCUGUUCCAGUGCAAAAACAAUACUAUCACCAUUAGGAAGGAUUCGUUGAAGUAUCGCGUUGUUUGUGUUAUACAGCUACUAUUUAACUAGUUCAAUUGUUGCAAAUAUAGGUCAAUUUUAUCAAAUCUAAGAAA